ACAAGUUGUCACUUGUCAUUGUCAGUCAGCCAACCAAAUAUUCUUCUACUUUUAUUGUGAUUUUUAAUCGUGAUUCCUUUAAAUUUCCUAUAAUUCCAUCUUCAGUGUGUACUAUGGAGUCUGUUUAUACUACCAAUCCUAUACGGAAGAAGAUUAACAAAAUAUUUGAUAGUCAUAUCAUUACAGACAAUAGCGAAGCUCUCAAUACCUUGUCUGGACUUUGUUUGAAAAAAUCCAAUAAUACCAAAAGAGUAUUAAUAAAUGAAAUUGAAAAAAGGGAUAUGCUUGUAAAUAAAGCCGUUCUUACAGAAUACAAUAAAGUAAAAGAAAAACUGAAUAUACUAUUGAAUACCAUAUCUUCUCUUGAUGAAUCUGUUAAAGAUAUGUCUAGCAGAUUGAAUGAUUCUAAAACAAAAACUCACCACCUCAUCUCUCAAACUACGCGGCUUAAAGAUGAUAGCAAGAAAACAGAAAAGAAAAUAUUUUGGGUGAAUACAUUUGUAAAUAAUUUCCAGUUGUCCCCUGAACAAGCUGAAUAUCUUUAUAAUGUGUCCAUCAAAACACCUCUAACAUCUGACUUCCUAGUGACGCUUUCUCAUAUUGAAGGUUUGUAUGACAAGAGUAAAAUGCUUGUUAAAUAUUGGUAUCAGACUUCAGCAUUUGAUAUCAUGGAAAUUAUUGGGCUGCAACAAGAAGUUGCCAUGGAAAAACUAUAUCAUUGGACCAUUGGUGCAUGUCGAGGCAUUGACUCCCCAAAUAAUGCUUUAGUACCAAAAGCAAUAGCAAAGUUUCAAAAUCGCCAAGUGCUGUUUUCAAACAUUGUGGAUGAAUUUGCCACAGCAAGAAAGACAAUGAUUGUGCAAUUGUUUAUUGAUGCUCUCACUAAAGGAAAAGAUGGAGGCUCAAAACCUAUUGAAUUCUAUGCAAAUGACCCAAAACGCUACAUAGGAGAUAUACUGACCUGGGUUUAUCAGAUCAUUCCAGUUGAGAAAGAAAAUCUUUCUAUUCUUUUUAAACACUGUGAAAUGCAAAAUAAAAAUCAACAAAUAAUAGAAGUGCUCACAAACAUCAUGGAAGCCAUCUGCCCUCUGCUGAAGGUGAGAGCUGAACUCAUCCUUAAACCAGAUAAAGAUCCACUGGUGCUGUGGUCCAUCACCAAUUUGUUUAUCUAUUAUAAAGAUACUAUAAAAGCAACUGUUCCUAAAGGUCAUUUAGAUGAAACUUUAGAAGACCUUGUUAAAAAAAGUGAAGAUGUGUUUAUUGUUGCAUUAGAUAGUAAAAUUGAAAAAGAAUUAAGCCAAGGUGUCAAAGCUCCUCCAUCAGACUUAAGUCCAUCAAGUGUAGUGACUGAUUUGGUAAGUUUCCUAAGAGAUUUGUUGGCAGUUAUGAAUGUUUCUAACAACAUAAAUACAGCUGAUAAGAAAAUUAUCAUCACCCACAUGUUGGACCCACUCUUGCAAGCCAUCAACGAAACUGCCUGCCAUCUGAGCUCUACUGAUAUGUCAGUUUACAUGUUAAAUUGUAUCUAUCACAUUCAAUGCACUUUAUCUCUGUACACAAUAAUGGAUGAAUACAAUGAGAGGCUACAAGCACAGUCUGAAGCACAAAUUGAUACUUUGACGUCUGAACAAGCCAGCUAUCUAGUGGCCAAUUUAAAUCUUGGGCCUAUCUACACCAUUUUACAAGAAAAAGUGAAUGGACCCCUCUCAGCUAUUCCUGGCAUGGAUAGUAAUACUUUAAAGGUGUUCUUAAAUAAGUUUGACAUGUUCUUGGUCUCUCCAGACUUAUACACCUUACAGCAACUAAAUCUGCUGUUAAGUCACAAACAUCAAUCAUUUAUUACGAAGAGAUCUUUUGAAGUUAUACUUGCAAUUUAUGAACAACUAUACACAGCAGUUCAAAAUUCAGCAAACGGCUACAAUGAACCUCAAUUGAUUGUGAGACGCACUCCUGAAGAGGUUAAGAAUUUACUGAUACAAAAGUAGAAAUUAAAUAGGACAGGUACAGUCAGCAAAUAUGUAUUACCAGCUAAGGGUGGGUUGCACCAUUUAACAAUUACACACGUCAAAUCGUCCGUCAAAGCAUUAAUUAUGCUUUCAUCACCGAUUCUUAGACGGACGAUUUGACAUUUGUAAUAGUUAAAGUUAAAUGGUGCAACCCACCCUAAGUGCCAAUUUCUCCAUUCUCGGUUAGAGCAUAAGUGAGUAGUGGUUAACUUUUCACACAUCUUUAAUGAAUUUUAUACGGAGAUGACGUUUAAUUUAUAUGUAUAUCAAUCCCUGUCAGUUAGAUAACCGACAAUGGAGAAAUUGGCACUUAGUGAGCUAAGUAUCUAAAUGUCAAGCAUGUAAAAUACUAGUAUAAUAUUGAUAGAUAUUCUACAUAUAUCUACUCUAAUUGGAUUCGUCUACGUCUAUAGGUAUUACACCUAGCUAUGGAACUGCUUGCUUCGGGGCUGAGUCAUUACCUUUUUUGUUGACUGUGCCUAUAUACUAACUAGAUAGAUAGUCCGGUAAAGUUUAAUUAUAUUAUAAUUAUCAUUAUUACUGUAUUAAUAAAAUAAAUGUAUAAUCAUCAAAA